GAUAGCUUAACACGCAACGCUCUUCUAUACGGUCCACGUCAAUUUGGUGGAUACCACAGCAGUAUGUAUGCAGUAGAUAGGCUGACCCUUCCACAGACCACCAGCUUUCUUUCUUCCGACCAAAAAGCCCUUUCUUACUCUUCGUCCUUCACAAGCACCCCUCUUUGAUUGGCAUUUCGAAAAGGGCGGAGCACAUCAUCAAUUAAACCACAGCCCCGAUAUGUUUUUGCCCCAUUCGCUCUUCCUAAUUACCGUUCCAAAAUCAACACUCGCUGAUUCUUCACACUCCCGUCCUUCCCCCUCUCCUCCUCCUCCUCGUCAUCAUCCUCUCCCUUGUCGGAACCCUCACCACCUCUUCUUCCCUCCUUUCCCUUCUGCAUCAAUGAUGAGGAUUUUGGCUUCAGGUAAUCCUUGGCUGAGGCGCGUUGCUAGAGCAUUUUUCCACGGUUCCUCGGCCGAUGAUUGACAUGCGCGGGAGCUUUCAGUACCAAAGAAUCACAUGUUCAUGUCCGAGUCCUGUUAGUGUUGAUUGCGUAGUCGUAUACUUAACUGUCAUCAAAUCUGGGUGCAAAGUCACAUUGUCAAUCCGUCCGAAGCCAUUUUCUGGGUUCAAUCAUUUUGAGACCCUGAAACUAGGUCGUUUUGGGUAGUGAAGUAGUAGCGAACCUGCGGAUACCUCUACACACACGAUCUUUGUGCGCCCUGUCUUUGGUACCAUAACAGCGCGGUGAAUUAGGAUCAUUGGAGAGGAGAACGAACGCCAUUGCUAGGUAGUUAACUACCUAAUAGUCGGAAAUGUAGACGCGGGCUGCGUAUACAUGGUGUUAGAUCGGGACUCGGAGUAUACAGGAAGACAAGAAAGCAGGCUCUGUCGCUCGCUGUAUUGCAAAAAGAGUGGAAAAUGUGGGAAUCUCAAAGC